AUGUUUAGGGGGGACGCACUAAAGGGCGAACUAACCAGUGGGGCGGACAAUGAUGAACUGGUUACAGCCAAGCAACUCUUCGAGACACAUUUGAAGGUGGAUGAGAGGACCAAGCAGCUUUACAGGAACUUCAAUGUGGAGGAGUAUGUACUCGAGGUUAUGCGAAGUAAGGGGGAGGAAAAGAAGGCUAAUGAUGAGGAAGAAAAAAGUGGCAAAUUAGAAGAGGCCAACCAGGUUGAAGGCGCAAAAAGUGCAAACGAUGUGAAGGGAGGCAACGAAUCCGAUAACGCCAACGAAGCUGAUAACGAACACAGCGCUGGCGAUGAUACAGACAGUGAGUACCCCAAAAGGGAUGAACAGGCAUACAGAGAAGAACUGCAGUUUUUAAAAUCCAACCCACUGCACCUGAGCAGGUGGUACGACUUCCUUGAGAUGUACCAAAGGGAAGAAGUGUAUGAACUCUUUCUCCUGAUUUUCCCAAGGUGUACAUUAUAUUGGACAAAAUAUGCAGAACUGAAGGUAAAAAAAAAGGAAUACACAGAAGCGUAUAAAAUAUAUCGAAGAUGUAUUGAUGCGAAUAUCUACGACUUGAAAUUAAUUUUCUCCUUUUUGUACUUUACGUAUCACACGUCAUCCAUUCAUGAGUACAUCAGUUUUCUCUUCGAGGGACUGAAGUACGUAGGGACGGAUAUAAAGUCAAGCACCAUUUGGGUUGAGCUGCUAUACAUACUAAUAAAAAUAAACAACACAAAUUUAAUUCUGAAUAAUGAUAUUCAGAAUUUACUAUUUGAUCCAUUUAGCAAUAUAAGUAGUAAAAAGAGGAAUGAAGGGCCUUUGCUACCUUCAGAAAAGGAGCAAGCCAUAUUUAGCUCCUCCAUCCCAAAUAAAGGUGGGAAAACGGUGACCUACACGGAGCAUUACACAAGUGAUGGAAAGCUUCGAAAGUUUUACCAUUGCUGGUUUAAUAAUCCGACAAAAUAUUUAGAUAAAGUAUGGAAGAACUUUUGUUCCUACGAAAAGACCAUGACAGAUAAUUUUACCGUUAGCUCGUUAGCUAGCUACAACACACAAUAUUUAAAUGCGAAGAAUGCUUAUAGAGAGUUGUCUUCCCUUUAUGAGGAAUUAAAUCUCGAUAGAAAAUUCAAAAUUGAUAAAAAAUUUAAGUUAAUCAUACCCAUUAGUAGGAAGUAUAAGGUAGAAAAUUGUAUUCUCCUCCGCAGGUGGGAAAAAAUUAUCAACUAUGAGAAAGGGAACCCCCUGAAGUUGAGUCUCCCCCUUGUACGUAAAAGAAUUAUGUAUGUCUACGAACAGGCCUUGGUCCAUUUACAGUUUAAUGCUGAUUUGUGGUUUUCCUACUUCCAGUUUUUGCUACUAAGUAAGAAGUUUAACUAUGCCAUUCGGAUUAUGAGGGAGGCCAUUGAGGUUUACUUACCCUUUGACGAAUUGUUGAAGUUAAAUUUUGCUUACUUCUUCGAAAGGCACGCGUUAAUAAAUCAGGCGCACUUCGUUUAUCAGCUUAUGCUUGGUGGAGUUUCCAAAAGGAGGAAGCAGUUUUCUCUGUCCCUUUUGCACUCCAAGGAGGGCUUCAGGAGGAAGUCUUUCACCCUUGUGAAGAAAAAGGCAGGAAAGAGAAAGAGGAAGGGUGCAGCAAAUGGGGGGACUAGCAAAAGAGGGGAAUCCAGUGAGACAGAUGUUCGCAACGGAGGGGAUGACCUGCAUAAUAGCAGAAACGAUGAAGGAAGGAAGAGGAAUAAAAGAAAGGUAAAAGCGGAGGGUCCAUCUCGGGGUGAGGUAACCCCCCCGGAUGAUACCUACAACGGGGGGAACGAGCAGGAUAAUGAAGGUGCUAAUGAGGAGGAAGACCUUAAAGACCACGGGAACGACCGCCCGAGUGAGGAAGUCAGUGAGACCCCCACGGGGGACGCGGGAGAAGCGCCCAGCACAUGCGAAGACGACGUCAGGAAGAAAUUUCUGCACUGCGAUUACGAAAAGAUUGAGGAACGGAAAAAAUAUUUCAUAAAUUACAUUAACGUGAACAAGAAAAAAAGAAGAGACUUUGUCUUUACACACUUUUUAAAUUUUGUUAGAAGGAAUUACGAUGAAACCAUAUGGAGGUACUACACGGAGAUUGUGCUAAGCGAGAAGAGGUGUUCCCAAUAUGUGUAUUACUACUGUGCAAACAUGGAAAGAACAAUUUUCAAAAAUGAAAAAAGGGCGCUCUAUAUCAUGAAUGAGGGUUAUAAGAAGUACGCAUCUAACAAACGGUUCCUCCUACUUUAUGUUAAGCUUCUACUAGAAAGGGGAAAUAUUGACGAGGUGAGAUCGCUGAUCUAUAAAUUUAUUCACAAUUUGUAUGCAGAAUUUUAUAAGAAGUAUGACAGCGAGCAUAGCAACAGUGGAGGGAAAGGUUCCAGAGGAAAAUCCGGACAGGGCGAAUUUAACCAGUUCGAUUCGAAUUAUCUAAAAUUGUUGAGGAAAAAAAAUAAAGCGUGCGAUAAAAUGUGGACUUUACUGAUGCAGCUGGAAACGCUCUACGGGGACAUAACCAAUUUGAACCGAAUUUGGGAAACCAAAUUGAAAUAUGAGUCGGGAUACAAUUUGGAAGAAAAUAAAAACGUCCUCAUCGAUUUUGACAACGUGUCUAAUGUGAACGAACAUAUGUUUGUGGAUGAUUCUACGCUGACGGACAUCCUUUGCAAGGGGUAUCUGGAAAACUUAAAAAAAAAUGACAUUGAUAAUCUGCAGUUUAAGGUGAACUUAAUCAGUUCGCAGCAAUUCGGCGGAGCUUCUCUGAAGAAGACCUUCUCCUUUUUUCAAGUCAAUGGCGAAAAUGUUUUUACCGAGUUGUUAGCUCGAAAUGAAUGCGUGGUUAAGGUGCAGGAAGGGGUGAGGAAAAAGAAAAAUGCACUGCGCCAGGGGGAGGAGCGGACGCAGGAGGAGCAUAUAAGCGAAAGCGACGUGAGCGAAAGCCGCAUUGCAAGCGGGAAUGGAAAUCAGAAUAAUCAAAAGGGACAAGGAGGCGCCGAAGCCAUAAAUAACGACCAGCUUCGAAACGCACCCUUGAAAAAAGAAAAAAAGCGUUCGGCCAAAAGGGGCGCAGUGAAAUCCACCUACGAUUCGUUUAACUUUUUGGACUCGCGAACAAAUGUGAAAAAAGAAAAAAAAAAAAUUCGCAAUAACGUUGCGGGAAGCACGAAGAAUGAGGGAAUUAAGACUGAAGAAAAAACGGAUGUGAUAGCCGACACAGUGAGUUGUAUCAGUAGACCCAAUUUAAAGAAGAUGCUUCUGUACAGGCCGCUAGAAAAUUAUGAGCAUUUAGAAGUAGGUGGGGGAAACAUAUCCUUGGGCGAAUAUCCCCCCUGUGUUAGCGACAUGAACAGAAAUGAUGACAGGGAUUAUUUCUUCAAACGAGAAUAUUUCAGCAUGCCAAAUAUAAUAAACGACUUUUUAAGUUUGUUGCCUGAAGAAAAUGCAGGCUUAAAUGUGUCAGAUAGUUCCAUCGAUUAUUUAAUUACGUCUCUGAAAAAUUUGACAAUCCCCACGUUGGAGACCUUUCCCUACGAGCCCAUACCCGUGAAGGAAAUCAUACAGAUAAAGGACGAGCUGAAUGGUUAA